AUGACGAAACCAUCAAACCGCAAUUUGAUGCCAGGCGCCUCCUCCGAAGACCUCGAGGACAGCUAUCAAGAAUAUCACGAUGUCAACAGGACUUACAACGAUGUCGCGCAGGCACUCUCGCUGUAUCCCAGUCUCUCGCCCCGGACAGACGUCCAUACCUUUGAUAAUGGCGUCUCUGCCCUCCUCGUCCACCUUUCUGGCACACUACCCGUAGUGUUUCGCGGCGCAACCUACCGCUUCCCAGUAUCGCUGUGGGUUCCACAUGCGUACCCUAAGGCCGCACCACUCGUUUACGUUAAACCAACCGAGACGAUGCUCGUACGUCCAGGUCAAUACGUCGAUCCGCAGGGCCAGGUUUACCACCCCUACCUAGCCGCCUGGGCGAAUUUCUGGGAUAAAUCCACACUCGCCGACCUUCUCACAAUCUUAACCGACAUAUUCGCCAAGGAACCCCCAGUCAUCGCACGUCAGCCACAGCCACCGCAGGCAGCUCGGCGCGCUUCCCCAUCCACCGCUCAGUCUCCCCAACCUGGGCCCGCCUCCCCCCCAUUUCCCCGGCCUCCUUCCAUCCAGCAAAUCCAGCCCUUGGGCGGCUCGAGUCAAGCCCCGCCCCCACCACCGAAGCCCGGCGCACAGCCCGUUUCCACUCCGACUCCGCCGCCUCCCUUGAAACCUGAGCCCUUACCGAAGAUUCCCCCUAAGCCUACGUCUCCCCCGGAACCAAGUUCAUCAAGGGCCUCCGACCAGCCUCCGCACCCUCCUCCGCCGCCGCCUCGCCCACACAGUACUUAUAACCAGACGACACAAGUCCCCGUGUCGACAUUACCAGCAGAACCCUCUCGUGAGAGUCGUUUCUCACGCUACGAGUCAGCGCCUCCUCUCCCUCAGCAGGCUGCUCCCGCUCCGCACCCGCCAGGUCUGCCCGCACACUCGGCGGCUCCCCCGCAUUUCGUUCAGACUCCGCAACAUCCUCCCCAGUGGCCAUCCUCCACCUCGCAACCACUGCCCCAGGCUUUCCCAGCCUACCAGCAUGGUAUCUAUCCCGGAGGACCUCCGCAACAACCAGUACCACAGCAGCAAGUACCCAUACUGGGUACCCCGCAGCAAUUACAGGCCCCAAAGCGACCGCCUCCUCCAGAUCUCCUCGAUGAGCCUCUUGAUAUGAAAGAACCAGAGCCGAGCAACGUCCCACCGCCCCCUAUCCCCCCUAAUCCAGAAAGGGAUGCCCUUUUGCGCCAGCUAGGUAAAGCCCUAUACCAGGAACGCGAAAAGAGUCGCCAGAGGAAUGACGCCUACAUAGCCGGGCUCGAAGCUCAACGUGCUGCGAUGAUCAAUGCCUACAAUACCCUCAGCUCUGAACGGCAGUCUCUUAGCCAGGUGUCGGCACUUCUUAACUCUAAUGCGACGAUUCUCCGGGAAGCUCUCCGCAAGGCUGAUGCGGUCAUUGAAAGUUCCCGACAACACCCGCAACCGGAUAUUGAUGAGUUGUUGGUGGCGCCUACCGUUGUUGCCAACCAAUUGUACACUCUGGUCGCGGAGGAGCGGGCGAUCGGAGAUGCGAUUUUCAUGCUUGGUCGGGCUGUCGAGCACGGCCGCAUAACACCUGCCGUAUUCGCUAAAACUACGAGAAGUCUUGCCCGUGAAUGGUACCUAAAGAAGGCUCUAGUGAGGAAGAUUGCAACGGGGAUGGGUCUGUCUGUGUGA